GUUUUUAUAAGCCAGUUGAUGAUACACGUGUACGCACUAGUGUGACUUGCAAAGCUCAUUUCCAUUGUCCAAAGCAGAGCAAAACAGAGUUGAGUGCAGAGGGAGGCAUUUUGCUCAUUCAAUUCCUCACUUGAUCCAUCCAUCCAUCUAUCGAGUUUGCCACCCGGCCAUGACGCCUCCACCGCCGUCGCCGCCGCACGAGAGGAAAACGUGGGCGGAGUCGGUGGCCAGCGAGUUUCGGGCGCAGCGCGGCAUCGCGUUCCCUCUCAUCGCCAUGAACCUCACCUGGUUCGCCAAGCUGGCCGUCACCACCGCCUUCCUCGGCCGCCUCGGCGACCUCCAGCUCGCCGCCGGCACCCUCGGCUUCAGCUUCGCCAAUGUCACCGGCUUCGCCGUCCUCACCGGCCUCUGCGCCGCCAUGGACCCCAUCUGCGGGCAGGCGCACGGCGCCAGCAACGGGAAGCUCCUCCGCAAGACGCUGGUGAUGGCCACCAUCCUGCUGCUGGGCGCGUCCAUCCCCAUCGCCUUCCUGUGGCUGCACGUGGACGCCGUCCUCCUCCGGUUCGGACAGCAGGCGGACAUGAGCAGCAACGCACGCAGCUACGUGGUGUGCCUCCUCCCGGACCUCGCCGUCACCUCCUUCGUCAACCCGCUCAAGUCGUACCUGAGCGCGCAGGGGGUGACGCUCCCCACGCUGUUCGCCUCCGCCCUGGCCCUGGCGCUCCACGUCCCCCUCACCAUGUGGAUGGCCAGGACCAGGGGCAUCCAGGGCGUCGCCACCGCCGUGUGGGUCAGCGACCUGGCCGUGGCCGUCAUGCUCGCCGGCUACGUGCUCGUCUCGGAGCGACGACGGAAGGCGGGAGGGGGCGGCGGAUGGGUGGAGCAGACGAGGGGUGAGUGGGUCCGGCUCCUCCGGCUGGCCGUUCCCAGCUGCCUCAACACCUGCCUGGAGUGGUGGUGCUACGAGAUACUGGUGCUCCUGACGGGACGCCUCCCGGACGCCCGGCGCACGGUGGCGGUGAUGGCCGUGACGCUCAACUUCGACUACCUGCUGUUCGCGGGGAUGCUGUCCCUGUCGGUGAGCGCGUCGGUGCGCGUGUCGAACGAGCUGGGCGCGGGGGAGGCGUGGGCGGCGAGGCGCGCGGGCAUGGUGUCGAUCGUGGGCGGCGCGGUGGGCGGGGUGGGCGGCGGGGUGGCGAUGGUGGCGGCGCGGCGGGCGUGGGGGAGCAUAUACAGCUCAGACGCCGGGGUGCGGGAGGGGGUGGGGAGGGCGAUGGAGGUGAUGGCGGUGCUGGAGGUGGUGAACUUCCCGCUGAACGUGUGCGGGGGGAUAGUGCGAGGGACGGCGAGGCCGGCGGUGGGGAUGUACGCCGUGGUGGCCGGCUUCUACGUGCUGGCGCUGCCGCUCGGGGUCGCGCUCGCCUUCAAGGCCAGACUUGGGAUCCAGGGCCUCCUCCUGGGCUUCCUGGUGGGCGCCGCGGCCAGCUUGGCGGUGCUCCUCACCUUCAUCGCGCGCAUGGAUUGGCCCGCCGAGGCCCAAAAGGCGCGGACUAGAACCACAGCAACCGUGGCCCAAUUCCACCAACACGACGAGGUCGUCCAGCCUUGAUUCAUAAACCAUGCAUCCGAUAGGAGGAGGAAGGAGGAAGUGCCCAAAUGUAACUUUGUUUUGGGCCUUGGAAGCUACUACAGGAAGGAAGGAGAGUUAUUGGGUGGGGCUGGGCCGUCUUAAUUACUUAGUAGUGGUGGUGAACUCCUCUCAUUGGCGCCCCCUCGGAGUCCGUCUCAUCUUCUCUAUCUACACUUGUACACAACACUAGC